CCCUCAACUCUAUACCUCUCUCUUUUUUUCUUCUAUCUUCUCUUCUAGCAAUUAGCCAUGUGCGGAAUUUUUGGCUACAUCAACUACCUGGUGGAGAAGGACCGCAAGUACAUUCUCAACACCCUCAUCAAUGGCCUCCAACGUCUAGAAUACCGCGGCUACGACUCGGCCGGUCUCGCCAUCGAUGGCGACAAGAAGAAUGAGGUCUUCGCCGUCAAGGAGGUCGGCAAGGUCGCCGCCUUGAAGAAGCUCGUCGAGGAGCAGCAAAUGGACGAGACCAAGGUCUUCGACUCACACGCCGGCAUUGCCCACACUCGAUGGGCCACCCACGGUCCCCCUUCCCGCACAAACUGCCACCCCCACAGGUCCGACCCCAACUGGGAAUUCUCCAUCGUCCACAACGGCAUCAUCACAAACUACAAGGAAUUGAAGGUGCUCCUCGAGGGCAAGGGCUUCAGGUUCGAGACGGAGACCGAUACCGAGGCCAUUGCUAAGCUCGCCAAAUACGUCCACGAUGAGCACCCGGAUCUCAGCUUCGUCCAGCUCGCCAAGACGGUCAUCAAGGAGCUCGAGGGUGCCUUUGGUCUGCUCAUGAAGUCGGUCCACUACCCCCACGAGGUGGUCGCUGCCCGCAAGGGUUCCCCCCUUGUUGUCGGUGUCCGCACCGAGAAGAAGAUGAAGGUCGACUUUGUCGAUGUCGAGUACCAGGACGACCAGGCCCUCCCCGCCGAGCGUGCCUCCCAGAACGUCGCCCUCAAGAAGUCCAACAACCUCCUCGCCCCCCCAGACAAGUCCCUUCUCCACCGCUCGCAAUCGCGUGCUUUCCUCUCCGACGACGGCGUCCCCAUGCCCACCGAGUUCUUCCUUUCCUCCGACCCCUCGUCCAUUGUCGAGCACACCAAGAAGGUCUUGUACUUGGAGGAUGACGACAUUGCCCACAUCCACGAGGGCUCCCUCAACAUCCACCGCUUGACCAAGGAGGACGGCGCGUCCAACGUCCGUGCUAUCCAGACGCUCGAGAUUGAGCUCCAGGAGAUCAUGAAGGGCCGUUUCGACCACUUCAUGCAAAAGGAAAUCUUCGAGCAGCCCGAGUCCGUCGUCAACGCCAUGCGUGGUCGUCUCGACCCCGUCAACAAGACCGUCACCCUGGGUGGUCUCCGCCAGUACAUCACCACCAUCAGGAGGUGCCGACGAAUCAUCUUCAUUGCUUGCGGUACUUCGUUCCACUCCUGCAUGGCUGUCCGUGGUAUCUUUGAGGAGCUUACCGAGAUCCCCAUCGCUGUCGAGCUUGCCUCCGAUUUCUUGGAUCGUCAGGCCCCCGUCUUCCGUGACGACACCUGCGUGUUCGUCUCCCAGUCUGGCGAGACCGCCGAUUCCUUGAUGGCUCUCCGAUACUGCUUGGAGCGCGGCGCCCUCACCGUCGGUAUCGUCAACUCCGUCGGUUCCUCCAUCUCUCUCCUCACCCACUGCGGUGUCCACAUCAACGCCGGUCCCGAGAUCGGUGUCGCCUCCACCAAGGCCUACACCUCCCAGUUUGUGUGCAUGGUCAUGUUCGCUCUGUCUCUUUCCGAGGACCGUGCUUCCAAGCAACACAGGCGUGAACAGAUCAUUGAGGGUCUUACGAAGAUCUCUGACCAGUUCAAGGAGGUGCUCAAGCUCGACCAGCCCAUCAAGGAGCUCUGCAAGCGCUUCAAGGACCAGAAGUCUCUCCUCCUUCUCGGCCGUGGUUCCCAGCACGCCACUGCUCUCGAGGGUGCCUUGAAGAUCAAGGAAAUCUCGUACCUCCACUGCGAAGCCGUCAUGUCCGGUGAAUUGAAGCACGGUGUGCUCGCCCUUGUCGACGAGAACCUCCCCAUCGUCAUGAUCCUCACCCGUGAUGACAUCUUCGCCAAGUCGCUCAACGCCUACCAGCAGGUUAUUGCCCGCUCCGGCCGUCCCAUCAUCAUCUGCAACCAGGACGACCCUGAGUUCCCUACCGACAAGACGGACAAGAUUGAGGUGCCCCAGCAGGUCGACUGCUUGCAGGGUCUCAUCAAUGUCAUUCCUCUGCAGCUCAUGUCCUACUGGAUGGCGGUUGCCGAGGGUGUCAACGUUGACAUGCCCCGUAACCUUGCCAAGUCGGUUACCGUGGAGUAG